UUCUUGUUCCCCCUCCAUCUACAGCGAUGCCCCAGCCUAUCGAUCCCGACUCUAGUCAAUCAAGCCUUUUUUCUUCUGUUCUUGGGUUCCUUUCGAGAGAGGUGGAUAGCUUCGUCGCCAACGCGACCGGUUCAACAGACCCUGCAGAGAAUGCCGACAACGCUGGCCCUUCACGUCCUUUGACCUCGAACCGUGCGGCGACAGGGUCCAACAGGAAGCACCGCUCUCGAGAGAAGAAGAGAGCUCCUAAUAUUGCCGAGGGUGAGCGCGAGAACCAGAGAGAUCGUGAGUGGGUACGAGAACGAGAGAGGCAUCGGCAUCGAAAUGGACCCUACGACAGCCCCAAAGAUCGAGUAAAGGCUCGCAGGCGACGCUCGCCUUCAGUCUCGUCCUCGUCCUCGUCUUCUCCUGAAGUCUCUCCGAGUCCCCGUCCGCGCUCCCUCUCGCGGCCCAAGCACGGCAAUGCUACACCUGUGCUACCUUCUGAACGCAACUAUGAACGACAAGACUCGCACACUGUUACUGAGCGUACACCUUCUCCACCACCAACAACCCCUCUCCCUUCUGCGCUUCGUCGUAGACCCUCAUUUACGAUGCCGGGCUCGUUAUUUCCCCGUUCGCCCUCCCUAGAACCUGAGGCAAUACGUGCAGAAGAGGCGGCUCGCCACGUCAGAUUCGCCUCGGGCAUCGUCAGUCCUCCUGCCAAUAAUCUUUCGAGGACGCUUCUCGCAUCGCCCGAAUCUCCUGAACAGGAAGCUAGCCCAUCGAGAGGAAACACGGAUACCUACCCCAACACCAGCUCUCCUGAUUCGCACUCGAGUAUCACAUCAGAUUCGCCACGACGAGACGAGGAGGACACGACAGGGUCUCCGUCCAGCCGCUUCUUACCAGAACCUUCAGAGGAGCCGCAGUUUUAUGAUUCCUACGAAAAUCAAGACUACGGCGAAGACAACUCCAAGGACUCCGCGGAUAUGUCUAGUUCAUCCGUAUCAACAUCAUUGUCACAGCAGGACAUGUCAUUCUCAUCCAAAGGCACUGAACAGCUUUGGGCCCCUGAACCGUCCAAUGCAGAUUGUUCGGGCGAGAUCCGUGUGAAAGGCAAGGAAAGGGAGCUAUUCGAUGCUGUUGAGGAGCAUCGACAGAAGGAGCAGAGGUGGGGCAGCGAACAGCCUGAGGGCAUGGAAGUUCGAGCUGAGCGGGGCCAAUACGAAGAGAAGAUCGAGAUCUUGCAAGAAGAAGUGAGACGCCUGAGAGCCGAACUGGCCAAACGACGCACCGUCGGUCCCUCGUCGCACGUCAUACCCCCUCCUCCGCCGCCGCCACCGCUUCCCCUCCCCACCCCUGCUCUAAACUCGCACCGAUCCAGAAAUAUGGGCCCACCAGAUACUGGCUCGCUUUUCGCCAGUGUGCGUGCGAACCUCAGGCAUGCACCAGCACCGGUUGAAGCUCCUAUCAACGUGGCUUACGGUGGCCAUCGUACCAAACGCACGGGCCUCCCGACGGUCAAUGUUCCCUCCGAUAGAAUGCCUGCAUUCUUGAAUGAGAUGAAGACCGCCAGACUUCGAAAGGUUGCGGGUGGGCGCCCGCCGGAUUUGCCCCCUCUGACCAGUACGAGCGGCCCAAGAGGCACAGCAGGUGUCGAUACAGUGGGUGAAGUCAGGAUUGGUGAGAAGAGGAAGAGGGCCAGCAUGAAUGGAGCGGAAGACAUCCAGACGAUCAAACGACGACUCACGGUUGCUUCGCAUGCAGAUGCUUCGAGACGCAACGACAUGCCUCCUCCGGACGAAUUCUUUUCUCGUUCAUUCAGUGGAUACCAGAUGCAGACGCAAAGUCAACACGAACACGAGCACGAACCUGAUCCUGAUCCUGAACUCUCCGCCGGCCCGUCGACGAUUCCACAUUCCUAUUCCCACAUGAGCUCCAAUUUGUGGCCAGCAAGAACUGGGUCUGGAUUAAGCUCGGGCUCUGGAGAAACGACGACUCCCUCUCUCACGUCGGAUAACGAUGUCGAAGGGGAUGCCGAGGACAGAAUUCUCUCUACACCGCCGCAGAACAAUAUCCCCAACCUCCAGCCCGAAGUCCUCGGUCCUCCCAUACAGAUGGACUUUGGGAAAGGUAAAGGCAAACAGAGAGCUAUGGAUAGCGAACCACCUCUUGAUGAGGACCAUCCACUGCAUCCUAAUACCUCCAUCAUCUCUCUUCGACAACGGGCAUCCACCCCUCCCUCUUACACGAAGGUUCCUUUCCCUGAUCCGCUUCCUGUAUCGAGGACGCCAACUCCAGAACAUGAGGCAGAACUUUCUAUGCUCGACUUCGACCUUCCUCCAAAUAUGUCCCCAACACGCUCGCCGCAAAGUAUUUUUGACAAGCGUCCGCCCAAGUCCCCUUUACCCGCGCGAGCCUCUGAUAGCCCUCGGAAGCCUCGCCCUCCCGGACGCAUUCCACGGGCUGCUGCCAGUCCUAAGUCUACGUCUAACACUCGUCUAUCUACUAUCUCCAAUGAUCAACACCUCGAGGGUAACGCUGACGAUGACAACGGCGAUGACGAACCGUCGACAUCGGCCAAGGGUGCUCCUGGCUUUAGGGACCUUUCCGGAUGGUCCCCGCCUCUUCCUGCGCGGAGUCUUCCGCCACAGAGUCGAAUCCCUAUUUCCGUGCAAUCGACGGCAAGAAAAGGGCCACAACGCGUACCGAUCACCGCAGACCAUCCAGUUCCCGCUCCUAGGAAAUCCAUAUCGCUGACUUCACUCCGGGCCUCUACGUCAUUCCGGGCUUCUACUUCGUCGACCAAACCUGCCCGACCGACCGUUCGUGACGAGUCCCCAGAACCGUCGACUUCGUCUCAUGCGAGCCCUCGGAAAAGCAAGAAGGAACGCCGGCGCACGUUGGACGAAGAGCUGCAGCAAGCGGAAGACGAUCUGGAGGCGGAGAGGGAGGAGCUGGAGAAUGACGACCUGCGGUUGAGUGACCUCGAAGCACCUGUGCUCGUCGGUGUUGGGUCCCGGAGUAAGAAGAGGGGGUUCAUGGCGCAUGGUGGAGGAGGUGGUGUUCCGGUCUUCAUGGGUGUCGGGUAUGUGGAAGGUGCUGUCGAGGAUGAGGAUGAGGCUCAGUCGAGCGAGAACGGGCAGGAGGACGAGGAAGAUGAGCCGUGGGAUGCCCUGGACGAUGAAGAGGAGACCGAUGGAGAAAUAGACGUGAAGCGAGUGGUGAAGCUGGGUGAGGCGAGCAGCGGGUGGACGAGGAACUUGAAGCUCGACGUUGAGGGCCACAGGAGACGAUAGUGUGGCGUAUAUUUCAAUCUAUUCGUUCUGCAUCAUAGUUUGCUCUUGGUUUCCCGAUCUACGUAUCUGCUUUGACGUUUUGUAUGUCUCGGUCCUCUAUUUGUUCGCGAGAUUUUUCUCUAGCUUUGUCUUGUCCUGUAUCUUUAUUACUUUGUCAUUUGUGGCUCUCUAUCCUGUCUUGAAGACAAUGCUAUUGCUGUCUACAUAUCCGCAACAUUUCU